GAGCUCGUGCGUGACGUCGCCGCUCAGGUGAGGGAGGCCGUCACUACCACGAAACACGGAUGGGAGGACAGGAGUUUUCCACCGAUCGACGGCGUCCGUUUGAUUCGCUUCGGCUUUUUUGUUGGUUUUCGGUCUGCUCGCUGGAAGAAUUCGCGUCGCUGCAUACAUCCAUCCCGCUCGAGACACUCAUGAUCACACACGCAACCGAAGUUAUCGCGAGUCCCGAAAGCGCCCUACUUGCACGAGUAACCACCCUACAACUGAAUUCUUGCAGGAGUUUGAAGUUUUCCCGUCUACCACGUUCUCUCAAGCUAAGGAGACUGAUCCUCUACGAGAACGAGGUGAUGGACAUGGUCUGUCUAAUGGCGGAGGGUACCCACAUGCUGGAGGAGUUGGAAGAACUCUUUCUCACGAAUUCGAACGGAAUUGGGCGCAGGGAUUUCGAGUUCGAUCAAUUCAUUGCCUCUAUCCGGAAGAUGACACACCUUCGAGUCCUGCAACUGUGUCAACAAUUGUCAGAGCGCAUUGGGAUCCCCACGUUCAAUGGGUUUCCUGAGGCUCUCCCUCAAACGGUCGAAUGUUUGAGGAUUUGGGGUCCGCUUGGGACUAUCACUGACUCCGAUCCAUGGGUCGAAAAGGUGCGAGGCAAGACUUGGUUACCGAAUCUCCGGGAGUUUGCUUUAAUGCAAGACAUGCCAACAGGUGAUCACUCGGCAUGGCUGUGGGCUCGAGCCCCUUGGGAGCGAACGGAUUCGGCAGGAGAGCAAACGGCGACAUUGGAUCGCGUUUCCCGCGAGAUCAUCGAGGCGAUGGUCCAGUAUCGACCGCAGGUGAAGAUCACGUGUGCACGACACUGAUCAAAGCAGAGAACGAGUUUGCGUCAUAAAAGGGAAGUCAGAGGUGGAAUACAGAAUCCAUUCAAACGGCAUUUGAUAAUCUCAAUUCAUUUUAU